AUGGCGGAGAACGCGGAUGCCGAGCGCAAGGCGAAGGCCGAGCGCGCAAAGAAGCUGCUCGCACAACGACGAAAGGGCAAGAAGGCCGCCGAGGCUGCUGCUUCGGGAACCGCCACGCCUGCCUCCCCCGCUACGGCGGUGGACACGCCAGCGGACAGUCCGCGUCCCAGCCUGAGUCUCAGUAAUGAGGACAGGAAGGGUGCAGCAUCAGCGGUUGUUGAGGCCAGCCAGGAGCCCGUGAACGGCUCGGCAACGGCGGAUGCCAACGGCAAGGAAUCGCACAACGACGCCGAGCCUGUUGCCGAGCUGCAGCCCUCCACGUCCAAAGAGCAGACUGGUGCAUCGGUGGAAGGCUCUCGACGCUCCAGCAACAGCCUAGCCAACCUGCAAGAGACAGUCUCCAACCUUCUGGCGGAACGGACAGACCUGCAAGCCGAGAUCACGCGCCUCAAAGCCGUCGAGGCGUCGGCCAAGUCGGAUGCGUCCCUCCUGGACGAAGGGCGUACGCUGAUAGCACGGCUAGAGGAGGAGAAGAAGGCGCUUGAAGACAAGGUCGACGCUGCCGACGUGGCGGCCAAGAAGACCGCGGAGACCGAGGCCGCCCUCGAGAAGGUGCGCGGCGAGCUCGAGACUGCCAAGAGGGAGACGGAUGUAGCUCUCGCGGCCCAGGAGGCACUCGAGGACAAGCUGGAGGAGAACAAGGGCAAAGAAGGCGAGCGUGUAGCCGAGUUGGAGAAGGUGCUUGAACGAGAACGAGAGCGUGAGGGCUCGUUGGAAGCCGAGAUUGGCAGGUUGAAACAGGAGCUCGACGCGCUCAAGGUCACGUCGGCCAAGACCGAUUCUUCCCUCAAGGAACUGCAGUCCGCACACGACGCGCUCAAGGGCGACCACGGCACGCUGUCGGACGAUCACAGCAAGUUGAAGAGUACCCACGCCGACCUCUCCUCGACCCACGACAAGCUCAAGGACGAGCACGACACUGCCUCCAAGUCGCUCAAGGAAUCGCAGGGUAGCCUGAAGGGCACGUCGAGCGACCUUGACAAGGCCAAGAAGGACCUGGCUGCGACGACCAAGCGAGCCGAAGCUGCUGAGAAGAAGCGUGAUGCCCUUCAGAGCGACAACACCGACCUCGUCGCCCAGCUCGAGGAGGUGCGCGGCAAGGUCGUCAAGACGUCGGAUGAGAAGGCCGAGCUGGUCACACAGGUUCAGAGCUGGGAGAGCAAGAACAAGGUUUGGGAGAAGACAAAGGAGGAAUUGGAGACAGAGCUCUCGGCAGCAAAAACUGAGGCCGAAAAGGUCCCCAGCCUCACGGAGCGCGUCGAGUCGCUGUCAUCCGAGGUCAGCCAGCUUACCGUGUCCAACGAGAAGCUUGCCGAAACUGCCACCGCCCACGAUAAGCUCCUCGGCGAGCACGCCACCCUCAAGUCUGACCUUGACACGUCUCGCGAGACGGCUAGCAAACACGAGGCUUCCCUUGGUACCCUUCGCGCGGAGCUCGACAAUGCCCAGUCCAACUCGUCCGACCAGUCCGACAUGAUCCGUUCCCUGCGCGCUGACGCCGACACUGCCGCCGCAACGAUCGAGGGCCACCAGAAGUCUCUCAAGGACGUUCGUGCAGAGCUGGAAACGGUCCAAACAUCGGCCAGCGAGUCGAACACUGCCCUCGAGUGUACAAGGAGGGAGCUUGAGGAGACGAAGCAAAACGUCAAGGUGCUCGAGGAUGACGGCGCAAAGCUGAAGACCGCUCUGGCCACUGCUCUUGCCGAAAGCAAGCAGCACGAAGAGAAGGUGGCGUCGACCAAGUCUGAGCUCGAGUUUGCGUCCAAGAGCCAUCACGCGUCCGUUGACAAGCUCAAGAAGGAUCUUGAAGCCUCCCAGAAAUCUGCCGAGGACCACAGUACCAAGGUCACGGCGCUUACUGCCGAUCUCGAGGCGGCCAAGAAAGACCAUGCCAGCCAGACUGCAGCGCUUGAGAAAGCCCACGCUGCCGCUACCAAGAAGCACGAGGGCAAGGUCGCCUCUCUCACCAAGGAGCUCGAGGACAAGGUCGCAUCCCUCAACGCCGAUCAUGAGAGCACGGUUGCCGCUUUGACCAAGGAGCACGAAUCCACGGCCGCUUCCCUUUCAAAGCAGCUGGAGGCCUCGAGCAAGUCUGCUACCGAGCAUGAGGUUUCGGCCAAGUCGUUAAGCGCCGACCUCGCCCAGGCCAAGAGCGAUCACGAGACCAAGAUUGCCGCUCUUUCGAAAGACAUCGAGGCCGCGUCUCAGCAACACGAUAGCAAGGUCGCCUCAAUCUUGCAGGAGCUCGAGGCCAAGUUGGCAGUUCAAAGCAAAGAGCACGAGGCCAAGGUCGCCGCCCUUACCGGGGAGCUUUCCGCUGCUAAGAAGGACCACGAGACCGAAACUUCGGCCCUCAACGGCGAGCUCAGCGCAACAAAGAAAGAGCAUGCUUCUGUUCUUGAGAAGACUGGCAAGGAGCACUCCGACUUUAUCGCUAGCCUCAAGGGUGACCUCGAAAAGGCCCAGAAGGAGCACGCUUCGGCUGCGGCUGUUAGCAAGGCGAGCCUCGAAGCCAGCCAGAAGACCGCCAGUGACCACGAGGCAUCCAUCGCCAACCUCAAGAAGGACCUCGAGGCUACCAAGAAGGCCCACGAGACUGCGGCAACAUCGUCAAAGUCUGCCCUCGAAGCAUCUCAGAAAGUUGUCAAGGACCAUGUGGCGACAUUGGCCUCUCUCAAAGAGGAACUCGCUCAGGCCAAGAAGGACCACGAUGAGGCAAAGCGGGCCCACGAGUCCUCGAAGAAGGACCACGCGACCGCCGCUACAACUGCCAAGUCGGACCUCGAGGCCGCACAGCAAAAGGUUUCCGAACACGAGUCGUUUAUCGCGUCCUUGAAGGUUGACCUUGAAAAGGCUAAGAAGGCCCACGACGCUGCCGCCGCUUCUGCCAAAGACGAGCUCGAAUCGGCGCGCAACACCAGCUCGGAGCACGAGACGGCUGCGCAGACCCUCAAGAAGGACCUGACAGCAGCCAAGGACGCGGCCAAAAAGGCAGCCAAGACGAGCGAGGCCGCCCUCAAGGCCUUGCGAAAGGACCUUGAAGCUGCCAAGCGUGCGGCAAAGGAGCACGAGAGUGCUGCCUCGGCACACAAGGAGGAUGCCAGUGGCGCCGCGGAGAGCGUGUCGUCGCUCACUGCCGAGCUCGAAGCGGCGCGCGAUGCGGCCAAGGACGCCGAAGAGGCUGCCGAGGCUCUGCGUACCGAGCUCGAGAACGCCCAGGAGGAGGCCACUGCGGCUGCCAGCGGUCACGAGGAGACUGCCGCUUCGCUCAAGAAGGACCUCGACUCGGCCCGUUCUGCUGCCAAGAAGCACGAGGACACUGCGUCUACUCUGCAGUCUGACCUUGAAGAAGCGCGCACCGCGACCCAGGAUGCGCGAAAGUCUGGUGCCGAUGCUGUCGACAAGCUCCGUGCCGACUUGGAAGCCGCCCGCAAGGCCACUGCGGACGCAACUGCUGCACACGAGUCUUCCACUUCCAAGCUGCAAGCCGACCUCGACGCACUGCGCUCAUCAUCAUCCAUCGCAGACUCUGCCGCUUCGGCACUCAAGGCAGACCUGGCCGCUGCCAUCUCGGCAGCGAGCGAGCACGAGGUGACCAUUGCCGCCCUCCGUGCAGACCUUGAUACUGCUAGCGCCCACCAGGCAACAGCCAGCGAACACGAGGCGACCAUCGCCGCCCUCCAUGUGGACCUUGCCGCCGCCAGCACUCAGCAGGAGGCCACAGCCAGCGAGCACGAGGCGACCAUCGCCGCCCUGCGUGCCGACCUUGCUACAGCCAGCGCCGAACAGCAGGCCACAGUCAGCGAGCGCGAGGCGACCAUUGCCGCCCUCCGUGCAGACCUUGAUACUGCUAGCGCCCACCAGGCAACAGCCAGCGCCGCACACGAGGCGACCAUCUCCGCCCUCCGUGCCGACCUUGCUACUGCUAGCACCAAGCAGGCGACAGCCGCGUCUGCGUUGAGUUCCAACGCCGACGCGGAAGCUGCCCUCGCGUCUGCACAGGCGGCCCACGCCCUUGAGCUUUCCGACCUCAAGGCCAAGAUCCGGCAACUGGAGAGCACGAGCCACGCGGCCACCAGCCGUGCACACGACCUCGCCAAGGAACUGACAGACGUCAAGGCCGCGCACGACCUGCUCCGCGAGCGCGACCAGACCGGCCUGUUCCUCGCGCCCUCAUCUCCCGUCUCCUCUGGCCCAUCGAGCGCAUACCCCCGCCUCAGCGUCGACGCCAACCUGCCCGCCAGCGUGCGGCAUAAGCGUGCCGUCUCAUUGACGGCUCUCAAGGCGCGCAUGGAGCCGCGCCAGUCACUUGGUCGGCGGACGAGCACGCUCGAUUCGCUGUCCGAGGAUGGGAGCGGAGCGACCACCCCUGUCGAGGUGCGGGUGCCGAGGGCGCAGCAGUUUGGUGACGAGAUCAUGUACUGCUGUGCGGCGUGUGAGGGCGAGCUCAUCUCGUUGUAG